CAUACGGUUGUUUUUGCGUGGAACUUCGAGCGAAACGGUUGUGUUUUUGCGCGAGAGUGCGGGUGGCGGACGCGCGUGCCAAUCGGAAAAGGCCUACAAAUCAAAUGUGUGUUCGCAAAAGCAGCGAAUCAAGAGCAGCCAAAAAGCCAACGUAAAAAUUAACAAAGCCAAAUCAAAAGAAAUCAAAUUUCAAAUUCGUGCGGCCACCAGCAACCAACAAAAACAACAACGGAGAAAAUUAUCAAAAUCAUCAUCAUCAGCAGCAAAAAAAUCGAAAAUUGCCCCGCUGUAUGUGUGUGUGUGAUAUAUAUACCCUACCAGGACAUCCAGCUUGAUAUUCAACUGUAAUUCUACAAUUAUCAAACAAUUAGCAAAAUAAAAUAGCAGCUACAACAUGCGUUUUGAGCCUUUGGGCCAGAAAAUGUUCACCCGCCGCAACUGGCUGCUGCGCUGCAGCAUCCUGAUCAACGUGGCGGUGAUCCUGUACAUCGGCAGUCAGUUGAUGAUCGGCGGCGGCAACAACUUUACGAAUGGCGGAGGAUUCCUGUUGCAGGACCAACAACAGGUGGCGAUGCUGCAGGUGGGCUCCGCCGCGUCGGCGGCUCAGGUGCAGCCACAACAGCCUCCCACGCCCAAGAACCAGAACCAGGUGGCCGAGAUCUUCGAGUCUGAGGAGAAGCAGCUGGUCAACUCCAAUGCGGACUCUCCAGCAGCAGCGCCUCAGGCGGCCGAAGGAGCUCCACCGUUGGUGAACGACAGUGGUGGAGCAGCCGCUGCCCUCAGCGAUCCCGCCCAGGUGAUCGGCAACAUUGGAGCCAAUGGCAUUGCCGAAGCCAACAACACCCAGUCCGAAGGUGGCUACAUAGUCACGGGCGAUGAAAAGGAGCUGGAGGAGCGGGUUCGAUCGCUGAUCAACUGUUUCGACCACGACUACCACCAGCAGACGUUGCAACGAGGAGAUUUCUGGGUGCUCCAGAACUACGUGCGGGCGGAACACGGGGACAUCAAGUGCCACGAGUCGAUCACCUACACAACGCAUGCGGACUACACGUUCCUGGACAAUCUCAUUCCGCUGCUGGAGCGCUGGAACGCCCCGGUGAGCAUUGCCAUGCACGCGCCCGGCACGGAUUUCCAGCCCACGGUGGACUCGAUCCGGUAUCUAAGAGAGUGCCUGCCCGGCAGCCACCUGGUGCGCGCCUACACCACCUUCCACAUCUACUUCGGCACCAAGCACAUUCCCAAGUCGGUGCCCAAACCGCACGACGUCUUCAAGACGGGCUACAACUGCACACUCCCACCGCCGUACUUCAACGUGAGCUCGGGCCAUCUGUACAAGGCGCAGAAGAAGCUCCUGUAUCCGGUGAAUGUGGGCCGGAACAUUGCCCGUGAUUCGGCGCUCACCCACUUUAUCCUGGCCUCCGACAUCGAGCUGUACCCGAAUCCGGGUCUGGUGAAGAAAUUUCUCGAGAUGAUUGCCCGCAAUGAGCAGUACUUGAGGCGCAAAGCUCCCAGGGUAUUCCCAUUGGCCAUCUUCGAGGUGGAGGAGAACUCUCCGGUGCCCCAUGACAAGACCGAACUGCAGGAGUUCUUGCGCACAGGCAAAGCCAUACCCUUCCAUAAACGAGUCUGCGCCAGCUGUCAUGGCGUACCCAAGUCCAAGGAGUGGAUGUCCGCCAAUGAGACAGACGAACUCAGUGUGUUUCAUAUAGGAAAACGAACUGGUUACUAUGUGCAUUGGGAGCCCAUCUAUAUUGGAACUCAUGCGGAUCCCCACUACGAUGAGAGACUUAGCUGGGAGGGUAAAAGCGACAAAAUGCCUCAGGGCUAUGCGCUUUGCGUAAUGGACUAUGAGUUCCACAUAUUGGAUAACGCAUUUCUGGUGCACAAACCUGGCAUCAAAGUGCUGAAAAAGGACAAUCGACGAGCCAUGCUGUCCGGCAAGACGAACCAGCUGAUACGAAAGAUCAUCUAUCCAGAACUGAAGAUCAUGUACGGCAUGCGCAAGGGAUGUGCGAUAUAGUAACUAAUUCUGAAACCGAGCUGAGCUCAGUCCCGCCAGAACGGGAAGGAGGCGAAGGCGAAAAGACUACAACCAACUUCACUAUUACUAUUUGCAAUGCUAUAGAUCGGAGGUGUUGACUCUACCGAUGCCAAUUGCCUCUAUAGCAUUGGAUGCGCACUGCAAGUGUGUGUUUUACAAUUAGCUAGAGACUUAGCCCUAGGACUAAUAGAGCAUUACGUAGUUAGGCUUAGCUAUAGGGUCAGGUCGUGUAACGCCAUGUGGGCCUAUUGGGUUUUUCCGCGUUCUGGGUUAUCUUUUUCUACUCUGCAAAGCCUUGAGAGCGUGGCUUAAAUAGAUUUAACGUAGUUAAAUGUGGCUUUUAGGUAUCAUGCUGUACUCCAUUUACCAGGCCAUUCUAAAGCUGGAAAUAGCAGCCAGUUAACCAGAGGGUCCUUUGACAAAUACUGUUCAACAAUCUACGCCUAGAAUUGAUCCACUUCCAUGAACUUUCUGUAAAUACAACACCCUUGGAAAAACCUAUUGAACCUCCUUCUCUCCGGCUAUCAAAAACUUGAGAUAUAGGAAUUUCCAUCACUCAUAGGCAGUCAUUAUCAGUUACUUCUAGCCUAGGCCAUUAACUUAAGUUAUCGUUAUUUAGCUGAAUUUUCCAUAUGCAUCCAUUUACAAGUUGAAGCUAGUUUUUCUUUUCAAAAUACUCAACAGAGAAAUUGAGAGCAACAUUAUUUUUGUAUUACCAGGGCGAGAUUCCUAAUUGACGUCGACAAAACCACAGUCUUACCACUUUGUGUUUGUGUAUUUGCAUAGUAGAGCCAUAGAUUAAACGAUGUUUUCUUGGGCAAUGUAGACUUACUGCAAUGACCAAAACCUAGAUUAGACCGAUACCGGGCCAAAACAAUUCCAGCGUUAAAUAUUUGACUUGAAUAGCAGAGUAGGAAUCAUUGAAUUGAAUUAAAUAGACUUUGAGAGUUAAAUCGUAAAUAGUAAUAAUGAUAAAGUUAAAAGGCUAAAGACAAGUUUCGAAACAAACACAAUUACUAUUAAAAUUUAUACAACAAACCACACAUUGAGAAUUGAUUUGUUUACUUACCGCACUGAAUGGUAGGCAAAGCAAAGCAAUUGAUGCAAUUGAAGAUUACAUUUCAAUGAGCAUAAAUGCGAACCGUGAUAUUUGUACUAGUAAAGCGAUAUGGAGAUGUUAAACCUAAUUGAUAAGAAAUGAGGGGACGAUCGGAGGGAAAGAUCAGAUACCCAUAUGCAUUAAACCUAACGUAAAUUUAGUUUUGUAUAUGUUUUUUAUUAGUGUUGAACAUUAAGUCAAACUUGUGCACAUAUAAAUGUUAAAAACAAUAUUGUGAAAUCGGAUUCGCGAUUCGAUUUUGAGUGAAAUGCUGAAGGUUUUUGUUGCGUGUAGGCCUUAUCGAAAUAAAGAAAAACAUUAGCAACUAAGUGGUCGAUUUUAGAGAGUUUAAACAAUAUUAGUACUUAGCUGAAAUACAGCAGAUUUUACGUAUGUUGUUGAAUAUUUAAUAAAAGUACAUUUUGAAAGUGA